AUGACAGAGGCUCUUCACAUGACGCCACAACCACAACAUUUAUAUGACCAACCUAAAGAUUAUAUUACAAGAGGUGGUUAUCAAGAAUUAGAUAUAAUGAAGGGUCAGUUUGAUACUGCAAAAACUCUUUUGGAUCAAAAACACUCACAUGUUAGUGACAGCUCAAAACAAAAUAAAGACGAAGUUGGUCUUCUAGAUCCAUGGAAGACAAAUCCCACAGAUCAAGAAGACAUCACAAAAUCCAUUAAAUUCAACAAACCUUCUUCACAAAAAGACGAAACUGUUGAUAACGUAAAGAGUUCGGACAACGGUCUUGACGAUUUGCUCAAGAGUAAUUUACAAGCUUCUGACUUGCUUCUCGAUCCGUUUGGUGAAGAAAAUGAAAAGCUUAUCCUGUUAAAUACCUCUUUGCCAGAAGAAGAAAAAAGAGCAAAAAUCAACAGCAUCUUUUCACGAGCUGCUAGCAAUGGAAAUGUAGAAAAAGUAUCUCGAAUGUUGGAAACUGCGAGAGAAUAUAUUGAUAUUGACUCACAAGAUGAAGAAGGAACUACUCCAUUGAUUUACGCUGCAUGCUUUGGGCAUGAUGCUGUUGCUUUCACAUUAUUGGAAGCAGGUGCAAAAGUGGAUGCUCAAGAUAGAUUCGGAUGGACUCCAUUAAUGUGGGCGACUAAUAACAAUCAUGAUAAAACUAUUCGAUUGCUUUUGGAUAAUGGUGCAGAUGCUGGCGCUAAAUCUGCAAAAGGUCGAACUGUAUUCGAUUUUAUUCCACCUGAAAACCAUAAAAUCGCUGAAAUUUUUAUAGCUAAUCCUCAACGUGAUAGCUGGUCAAGUGUUAGUAGUAUUAGUCGAUGGUCUAUGCUUAGUGAAUCUGAACAUAAAUUAGUAGAACAAUUAGCUGAGGCUGAAAUGAGAAAGAGAAUUUUAAUGGAAAGUGCCUCUAAUUUGGACUUGGAUUUAUCUAGCUUAGGAUUUGAUGAAACAGAUAAGGAAGAGGAAGAUGAUAAUGAUCAAUUUGAAUUUAUGUGGAACGAUUGCUUACCAGAUCAGAUGAUUGUCUUUGGAGUUGAAGAUAUACCACAUAUUAUUAAAACGGUUAUCACUGGAAUGCAACCGAUCAGAAAUAAAUCUCAAAAACCUGUACCUGCGAAUGUAUUAUUCUUGAGUGCUCGAUUCGCUCAUUAUUAUAGUAGUCCUGAAUUAUUAGAAUCAUUAUUGUUCGAAGUUAUUAAUUCCAUUGAUGCUGUUGUCAAGUCACGACCUGAUGAUAUGACUCUUUUAUCAUUCUGGAUUUCAAAUUGUACAUUAUUAUUGUACUAUCUAAAAAAAGAUGCGGGUCUUGCUAGCGCUACAGUUGAAUAUCAAUUAAGGAUUUCGGAACAACUUCACGAAACAUAUGUAUUUUUAAUAAAAGAUGCUGAAAGGCGAAUUGGAAAAGUGUUGGAAUCUUCAAUGUUGGAAUAUGAUGCCAUCCCUGGAAUGGAUGACGUUCGGUUUGAAGGUGAAUGGAGAGUUUUCAGAAAUUUCAGGAGAUCAAGAAGUCCUCAAGAGAAUGACUAUACAACCCCAAAAAGAUCAUCCUCUAUCAGCUUAAAAAGAAAUUCUUCAAAUAUGAUUCCUUUUCGUUCUCCUGCAUCUCCACGGCAAAGAAGCGCUCCGUCUCCCCGAAACAUUACCUCCCUUUUAUCCUCUACACUUUUUAUCCUUCAAACUUAUGAAGUUCAUCCGAUGAUCAUUGACCAAGUUCUCAAUCAACUGUUCUAUUAUAUUUCAUGUGAACUCUUUAACAAAAUCCUUUCCAGCAAGAAAUAUUUGUGUCGGUCAAAGGCUAUGCAAAUUCGUCUUAAUGUUUCUGUUAUUGAAGAUUGGGUCCGCACCAACAAUUUAUCGUUAUCUCUUAUAACACACUUCCAACCUUUGAUUCAACUUUUGCAAUUGUUGAUGUGCUGGUCUCAGAUGAACGAUUUUGCAUUUUUAGUGCAAACUACUAAAGAGCUUAACCUUAUUAAUCCUGCACAACUUAAGCGAGUCAGUAAAAAUUAUAAAUAUGAGAUUAAUGAACCAAAGAUAACUGAAGAAUGUCAACAGUAUAUCUUACAAUUGGAAGAGGAUACAGCACGACGGAACAAACGGUAUUCAACUGAAAGUAUACGGAGCGAUCGAAGUGAUGCUUCAAGUAUCAUUUACUUAACAGUAUCGCCGACAUUACCACCUUGUGUCGAACCUAAUUGGGAGGAAGAAGAUGACUUAAUGGAAAUGAAGGCUAGCGACUCAUUAUUACCAUUUGCUAUACCAACUAGCACUGAGAUGUUGGCAAACUUUGGUACAAAAAAUAAAGAUUCUGAUCCUAUCAUACCUGUGGUACCUGAUGAAUGGAUGGAAAAAUUGGACGUUGGAAUGCGACAUGGUACUAGCGGCGUUGUUGAAGAGCUAACAUCAAAAUGGGAGGCUGAAUAUCUUGAGGACGAAGAAGAUGAUGGCGUAUUAGAAUCAAUGGGUGUUUCCAGCAACAUCUAA